GAGCACAUAAAUAGCCUGUAUAUAAAUAUGCUUGGGAAAGCUUUCUUCUCUUCUCCUUCUCCUUCUUCUUUUUUUCCCCCCUCUUUAACCAAACUUAGUUUCUGUUGUAGGCGGUGCAUUCCCUCACAGGGCAGGGCCAGGGGGAGAGGGAAGGGGUGGAGAAGGCAGCUGAUUACUCCCACUAUGCAAGCUUCUCCCCCUAUUUAAUGGAGAUCUCUCACAGGUCAGGUCAGAAGCACCUCCAGGACAGCACGAGCAUGGCAGACUUGGAGCUGGGCUUUGGGGAAACAGCGAGCAUGGAAAUGCUGUCCAAGGAAAGCUGCGGCAGUGGUGGGCCCAAGGCCAGAGCCCGGCUGGGAGCCAGAAACAACGGCAUGCGCUGCCUUCUCACCUGCUGCCUGGUGCUGCUCCCGGUCCUCACAGCACUCACAGCCUACCUGCUGGUCAGCCAGUUCUGGGCCCAAGGCGAGGACUGCGUGCAGCUCCAGCAGACUAUAAAUGAACAGAGAUUCGGACCUUCGUAUCAGCGAGUUUACACACCACUCAGAGAUGACAGAGACAAACCGAGGGCACACCUGACAGUUGUGAGACAAACUCCUACACAGCACCUGAAAAAUCAGUUCCCAGCUCUGCACUGGGAACAUGAACUAGGUUUGGCCUUCACCAAGAACCGGAUGAACUACACCAACAAAUUCCUGGUCAUCCCAGAGACAGGAGACUACUUUGUUUACUCCCAGAUCACAUUCCGCGGGACCACCUCUGAGUGUGGUAUCAGUCCAGGGAGACAACAGAACAAGCCAGACUCCAUCUUCGUGGUCAUUACCAAGGUAACAGACAGCUACCCCGAGCCCUCCCAGCUGCUCACAGGGACCAAGUCAGUGUGUGAGAUAAGCAGCAAUUGGUUCCAGCCUCUGUACCUUGGGGCCAUGUUCUCCUUGCAAGAAGGUGACAAGCUGAUGGUGAAUGUCAGUGAUAUCUCUUUGGUGGAUUACACAAAAGAAGACAAAACCUUCUUUGGAGCCUUUUUGCUAUAAGGGGAAAUCAGAAAUUACUGCAUGAAGGAGCCAUGCCUCCUGGUUUCCAAUUUUCUUCAUUCAUGUAUAAGUUAUAACCAUGGAUUUUCUGGGUCAGCGAUAGAAGAUUUAGCUAUGAAAUUUAUGGUCUUUAAAUUUGCACUGUAUAUGCCUUCCUAAUGAGAAUUCUAAUUGGGGGAAAAAAGCAGAAGAGAAGAGCUAGAGGACUGUGGUUGCUUGGAGGAGUUUUGAGUUUCUGAACAUUGACUAUCAAAUGACUGUAUGGUUUAAUCGGGUCUGGAUUUAAAGAAUAUUCCCACACCUUCGUCUUCCACUCUUGUCACCAAUAGGUCCAGUUAUUGUUCAACUUGAUCAUAAAUUUGCUUCAGUUCAGAACCUUCAGACAACAUGCAAAGAAAAUCCAAGAAAAUAGUAUAAACCUAGAGGCAAAUAUCUUUUAUCAGUAUUUCCAUGUACUUUCAUGCCUAGCCUAAAAAAAAUGAAAAUCACUGAUGUUUUUCAUGAAUCUUCUCCAAAAAGGAGUUGGUUUUCAUGCCACGUAUUGACAAGGAGAAAAGCUGCCUAUCCUUCAGUUAUGCACACAGGUGUCAAAAUAAGUGAGAGUCCCACAUGCAUUAUCAAAAACACAGCAUCAGCACACCUUUCUUGGGUACUUAUUCUGGAUUCUAAUUGUACCUAGAGGACACUUGGAAGAGCAAAGACAGGUUCCAGACAAAGGUUCUAUAAAAACUACGGAUGCUUCCUAGUUCAACAUCAGUCAACUUAUGCCAAAGAAUAACUUAUAAGUCUGAAAACUGUUAUCACCUGAAACUGUUAUUUCUGGCACUGUCCUGGGAAAACUGUUCAGUGGGUCACUCAGAAAACUUGAUCAAAAAUUUCUAGUGAAGUAGAACAACUGUCAACAAGCCACAAAUAUAUUCUUUGGGAAAGAAAAAGAUAUAAAACAUCUAAUCUGGAGAAGUUUCCAUAGUCUGCUUUGAGGUUUGAUUUGCACCUUUAUAUGCUGAGUGUUAUGCAGGUACAUUUCCCUUAAAAUAGUCAAAAGGAUAUGAAUGUGAAAUUCGCUUAUCAAACCAGCCAAUUCUUGUUAUGCGAAGAGAGGCUGGAUAUUCUGUGCUGUAGUGGGCUCACGUCUUCUAGCCAGAGAGAUUUUCCUGCACUGCUGUAUCAAGGGCAGGAGGGCUGGUUCUGCUCUCCUUACCCUGUGUUGACCUAUUUGUAAAGGUCAAGAAUCCAACCAUUUGUUUCCCAAGGCCAAAUGAGUUCAUUGGAAUGAAACAGGUUAACUCUCUGCAUUCUGUGUAGUCAGAACAGUUCCGUGUAACCUAGCCAGGUACCUCCAGCCCUUGGGCUCUAUCAUAAAUACUCUAGCAUGGGAGACCUUACAGGUAGAUCCAAGGGCAAACUUGGCCCUGAAAUCACACUUCCUCUGGUUGCCAGAAAACUACAAAAACAGAGAGACAUGUGAUGUGACUCCUGAACAGAGUGACUGGUUGAGGAGCAGGCCUUGAUCAAUACUUGUUGACUCUCAAUUAAUACAAAUUAAUUUUGAGUUCCUUCGUUGAACGGGUGAAGCUCAGUGUAUUUUCUAACCUCUGCUAGAGUCAGGCCUCCUCCUUGCCUUCAGUUUCCCAAAACAGCACAGCAUUGACUGAGCGCCCAAGAGAAGGUGCGGUUACCUCCCCUGGCUGUCCCAGAGUCUUCAGAAAGGAAGUGAAGCCUGAAAGAAGGUGAAGCCCCAAGAUGACCAGAGAGAGAGAAUAUCUCAAAGGAGGAAUUACCCAUUGUUUAAAGCAGAAAGGAGAAGCUUCUCAUUAACUCCAAAACUACCUAGACAGGAAAAUGCUUCCUCAACCCACCCUGAGCAAAAUAUUUACUGGUAGAUUCAGAAUGCUUCAUCAUUCUCUAGACUGCUCCAAGAUCAGAAUUAACAUUCCAUUAAGAAAGUUCGAAUGGCCUGACUCCAUUUGUCUCCUGGGUGCAUGAGAACAUCAAGCAACUCAGAAUUUCAUAAAAGAAAUUCCACCAAAGAGGCCACAAUAACUGUUCGCCAUCUCCACUGAAAGGAAGUUAUUCCAAUGGCUUUCAAACCUGCCCACAUGGGAUCUAGGGGAUUUGGAACACAGAACGCGCAAGUUUUCCUAUAUCCUAAGCCACUUAAGGCUUUGGGAAAAUCCUUCUGGCAUCUUUAUUUGUUGAAAAAUGUAGCUCAAGUUUUUACUGUUGGUUUUUUAAAAUUUUAAGUGAGAUGUCUUACUCUAUGGAGAAAGCUCCAACCAAAUAUUCCUAAAAGGACGCAAGUCAGAGCUCCGAGGCAGUUAUUUCCAUAGUAAUCAUUAAUGCACUGUUUUUAAAAGGUGGAAAAAUGCAUUUUAAGAACAUGUGAUGACUUGCUAAAAGGGGCUAAUGAAAUGUAUUCAAGAAUUUGGGAAAGAGCUUAGAAAAUAGCUCACUUAGAGGGAGGAAUGCUUUGCUGGUUAAAUGUCUCUCAAAAAGCUAACCUCAAAUCAAUUCCAAAAACAUUCACUGACUACUUACUUAAUCGCCCUGUAAAUUAUUUUUAACACAGAAGUAAAUUAUUUCAGUACAGGCAUAUUACUCUAACAUCUCCAUUAUCUGCAGAGUUUGUAAUUUAUUAUGUUUAUAUUAGUUGAUCUAUUAGCUAACUUUAGGCACAGGGAUAUUCUAUUAUUGUGAAAAUGAGUGUCACUUGAUGGGAGUGUUAUUAACAAAGUGAUGUGUAUUUACUCUAAUUUUUUUUUUAAAUAGCUACUUACGAACAGUUUUUCCUAAGUAUAGAAAGGAAAGAAAAAAGACACAAUCAUAUGGUGGAACCCACCCUUUAAAACUACAUGAAAGGCUGUCGCUAGUCUCAAGUCUGGUAUUCAACACUUUUGAAAACACUAGAACUUUUAGAGUGACCAAGAUGCCUUGAAAAGUUUGUGCUCCUCACCAGCACAAAAAAUUGUCAAAAUUCUUGGGUCACUGGCAUUUUGACCUUAACAGGGUUUAAAUCUGUGUGGGAAAGCAGAAUUGAUAGGUUACUAAAAUUUCUAAUUUUUCUAUUAAAGUAUAACAGGAAAGAAAAGUGUAUAUUUUCAUUUCCUGAAACAUCUCAGGUUCAGUUCAGUAACAGGGCAUUCCAGAAUCCUUGGCUUCAUUUCAGUCACUCAGGAGGAAAUUCCAACUCUGUGCUUCUCAAUAAUCCCUCAGAAUGAUAUUCAGCUAGCUCACUAUGCACAAGGGGUGGCUGCUGCCAACAUUCUCUUGCAAGGUAUUUUCCUCAAGUGCUUACUCAACCCUCUUUCCAUGAUUGUGACAUUGAGGAUUAAUUUUUAGGAUGGGCCUGUUUACAUUCCGUGUUUUGCAAAACAUAUACAGAUGUCUUUUUGCCUCCAGAUUUCCUGCACUUUUAGAGCCACGGUGCUGGAAUUGCUUUUUAUUUUCAGCAGAAUUUUCUUUAAAUGCACAUUAUUAUUCUGGAUAUUAAUGCCAUUAUAUCAUAUUGGACAUUAACCCUUUGAAAAAUUCAGUGAACCAUUAACUCUAGGAACAGUUUGCACCAGUGGUAAGAUUGGAAGUCAGUACAACCACAUUCAUGCCUGGCCCCACUAAAAUCCCCAUUUUACAGCUCCCCAAGCUCUAAGAUUCACUUGCUCCUGCCUCUUCCAUCAUCUUUCUUUCAAGAAGAAAAUGCUACUUGAGUUUGAAUAGAAGCUACUUGUCCCCAACCAUACAGUAAGUUAAUGGCAGAUCUAGAGCUGGAAUUCUGUCUUCCUGAUUCGUAAUUUCAGACUAGUUAAAUUCCUGUCUACUCUUGGCAAAUACUAUCCAGUGUAAUGACUGAAGGGAAAAACCGAAGAAAAGCAGAAAUAUCCUCCAUGGGUCAAUAGAGAAGCAGGGAAUGGAUGUUGCCCAUGUGUCCCCAGAGGAAAGAGCUGGGAAUGAAAAGAGUUGGUUCUAGAACAAGCCUCCUGGCCUCAUGUUUUUUCCACCAAGUAGAAGCUUUUCAGGUAGUGAUUUCUCCCACUCAAGAUAUUCAAUCCAAGAGUUUUGCAGAAUCCAUUCUUCAUUUAGGCUGCAGACCUGAUUGAGUCAAAGGUUUCUGAGGAUUUUGCUUUCCUAAUCUAACGCUGUGUAACAUCUUUUGAGUGACUUGGGUGCAUUCUAUUUGAUCAUGAAGAGCCUUGUCAAGAGUUCAGAGGUUCCGAGUCCAUAAGUAGCUGUCAUUUCUCACUCUCUCAAUGAGUGUCCAACACAAAUGGUCCCUGAGAUCUUGAAUGAUAGAGAAAUGUCAUGAAAUUCAAGGGCUGACAUCACUUACGGAGUUUAUCUAGUCCAGAUUGUAUCAUUUCAAAGAUAAAGAAAUUUGGGCUUAGAAAGAAGACAUAAGUGGCCUGAGGCCAGACAGUAGCUAGCUGGAGCGCCGAGAUUAGAAUUCCUAUCCCCUGACACCAAGCCCAGUAAUCUCUCGACCUCAUGCAUGAAUCAUUUGAUUUUGAACAUUUGUCACCUCAUCUAGAAGUUGCAGGGCUGAGAGGGAUACGGACAGGCAAGUGCUGCUGUCAUGACCUAUGCAUGCAAGAGAAAGGAGAUAUAUACUGUUGAGUAACUAAAGUAGCUGAGUUUAAAUGAUUUUAUUUUUAAAGUCAUUAAGAUUUGUAUUUUCCCCUCUUUGUUUCAGGGGUGUAUAGAUUGAACAAAUGAAAGUAUUUAUGUGAUUUUAGUGAUAAGCCCCAUGUGCUUUUAUUAACUUUGUUUUAUGUUAAAACGCCACAACCGCAAGGUAAAAUGCAUAUUGUAUGUUGUCGGAUAUGUAAUUAACUGGUACGUGUUCCAUGCCUUUGGACACUGCCAUAUGAAUUCCAAAGGUUUUAUAUGUUAAUGUAUUUCAUAGAUAUAACUUAAUAAACUGGCAUUGAAAGCUGA